AUGUCAUCAUUGCAGUCUUCCUCACCCCCAAAGCACUCGGCCAAGUCCUUUGCUUCCCUCAAGGCGGCGCAGGCCGAGCAGCCGCAAAGAUACCAGCUGUUCCCCAAGGAUAAGCCGCUGCCAACUCCAACCACUCUAAACACUGGCAAGGCCUUGCCUGUCCCUCAGGCUCCCGAAUCCAAUGGGAGAACCUCCCCGCUCGCCGGAAUCAGGAUCCGCCUGAACCAGAACAAUCUCGUCAGACGCCGCAAAGUGAGCGUUCCUGAACUUGGACCCAUGACCACAGUGCAAGAAGUCUCAAUGGACUCCCCCACGAUACCUGGCCGCCCGCCUCUGCACGAACGAUCCGCGAGUGCCCCGGAGGAAGGAAGCAGAUUGGUCGGGGCCAUGGAUGAGAUUAUCAAGGCCAGCAUACACCCAGAUAACCUGGCCAAGGCCAUCGAAGAUGCCUUUGAAAUUCCUGCCACAAAGCCACGGCCAUCAUCACCUCGGAAACUGGCUCCCCUCGUCAUCCCACCACAUGACGCCCUAGCACCCUUAUUAAAGUCCAAGCACUCUAGCAGUCAGCUGCGCUCCGGCAGCACACCUCCCUCGGACCAGCCGCGGUCCGGCAGAGGCGACGCGGGCACUCCUACGAUCGGGCGCUUGACACCAGCCUCUACCCCCGAUCUUUCCAUGCCUCGAUCUGCCACGGCAACAGAAGCGACUACAUCUACCAUCCCCACACCCGUCUCAGCGCCCCUCGUCGACCAGAGGAGCUCUCCUCAUGCUACCUACGAAGAUGUCGGCCAAGCGCAGAACCCAUUCGGCCAUCGACGAGCGGGCUCCGAGCCGUCCAACAUGAUGGACAGAGGGCGACCGUCAAAGAGGAACGAAAAGACGUGCAAGACUAAGAGCUCUGAGAGACGCGCUUUCGAGGAGCUCCCGGCAGGAUGGAAGCCAUGCGAGGCGAUGAGCAAACUCAACGCCAACGACGUUGUGGUGCUGCACAAGCAGGCCCUGGGCCAAGCAGAGCGAUUCGAAGUGCUCAGGGUUGAGGCUGUCGAUGCUCUUUCUAAGGAGCUUCGCCAAUUGGACGACAGAACCGAGUACCUUCGCCGGACUUACAGCUCCCUGAGAGCCGGUCGCCGAAACCUGCAUUCCCGCAUCUGCCAGUACCUCCGCUCGCCUCGCGUCGCCAAGUUCAGCCACGAGUCCAUGCUCAAGCAGGAAGAGGCCCUCGCCGAGCUGGACGCCUCCAUCGACGACUGGGUCACCAAGCUGGAGCAGGCCGAGAACCGCCGAACCCGCGUCCGGCAGAAGCUACUGGAGCACGUCGCCGCCGCCGCCAUCCUCCCGGUCCCCGACGGCAGCGCCAUGCCGUACCCGACACAGAGUGCCGCCGCCGCUGCCGCUGCCGCCCAGGACGUGCUACUAUCGACGCCGCCCCGAAGUCCCACGAAGCAGGUCGCCAUCCCCGUCCCCGGCUCGCCGCGUAACUCCCCAUCGCCGCAGCGCGUGGUCGCCCAGGUGCCGAGCACCAUCCUGGAACAACCCGUCGUCGAGGAGCAGCAAGCCGCCGCGGCGGUCAGGAACAGCAACCAGCCGAUCAGCCGCGCGACGAGCACGGCUGCUACCAUGAGCAGGGGACGCUCGGCGGUGGAGAGCAUACGCGUGUACGCAGGCGACGACCUGUACGCGCUGCUCGCCGACGUCGAGGACGAGAUCUCCCGGCUGGGCUCAAGCACCGACGAGAUGGCCGCACCGCCGCGGACGCGCAGCCAAGAGAAGCUCCGAGACGGCUCGAGCUCGCCGCGCUCUGCGGCCCCGUCGCCGCCGCCGACGGUUGAAGCGCCUUCUCCGCCGCCGCGUGCGGUCAAGAAGGACUUUGUCAAGGAAGCACAGAUGCUUCUCACCAACGCUGUUUUCAAGCCUUGA